CUGCAGCUCCUCCGCGCCCCCCCCGCCCCGCUCCGCGCCGCCGCCGCCGCCGCCUUCAGCCUCUCCCCGCACGGCUCCCUGCAGAACGGCUCCCGCUGGGCGCUCUCCUUCGACAUGUCCUCCCUCUCCAGCAGCCAGGAGGUGAGUCUGGCCCAGCUCCGCGUCCGCCUGCCCGGCCUCUCUCCAUCCCACCUGGACAUCUACCACAGCCGGCGGCAGAGGUGCCGGGGCGGCGGGGCCUGCGCCCACCAGCUCUUCCUGGGCACCGUGGCCGGUAGCCCCUCUUCCACCCAGGCCUCCUGGAAAGUCUUUGAGGUCACCAGCCUGCUCCGGUCCUGGCUCCAUCAAGCCGUGGGCCCCCAACACCACGGUCCCACGGGAAGGGAGCAGUGGGAGGGAAGUGGGGCGGCCACCCCGGCCACCACAACGAUGCACUUGCCCACCUCAAGUGACACCGGCCACGGGGAGCCAGCCCUGCCCCAGGACGUGACGGACGGAGUCCUGCUGCUCGUCUUCUCCAGGGACAAGUCUCCAGGAGACCACAGCCUCAUCAGGACGGCCGAGACCUCCAAGCACGUCGUGCGGGACAGCGGCUCCCCGGGCGCGGGGACGCGCCGGCACCGCAGGAACAGGAAGGAGAAGCAAAGGAUCAAGGCGAGCGAGGCCGUCGCUGCUGCCCCCCCCGGGGAGGAGAGCAGGUCCCUCUGCAGGAGGGUGGACAUGAUGGUGGACUUCGAGCAGACCGGCUGGGGCAGCUGGAUCGUCUACCCCAAGAAGUACAACGCCUACCGGUGUGAAGGGAGGUGUCCUUCACCCGUGGAUGAGACCUUCAAGCCCACCAACCACGCUUACAUCCAGAGUUUGCUGCAGCUCUACAAGCCCAACCAGGUGCCCUGCCCCUCCUGCUCCCCGGUCAGGAUGAGUCCCCUCUCCAUGCUCUACUACGAGAAGGGAGAGAUCGUCGUCCGCCACCACGAGGACAUGAUCAUCGAGGAGUGUGGCUGCAACUGAGGCCGGCUCAUCCCCCGCCAGGAAGGGGCACAUCUCUGCCCCAAAAAGUGUCCCCGUGGGCUGCCCAGCACACACACCGGGGCAUCGCUGAGCCCCCACUGCCUCCCAAUCCCGCCUGCCCGUGGGUGGGUGAAGCCCUGGCUGUGCCAGGGGAGGAGGAGUGGGGUGUCCCACGGCGCAGGGAUGGACGCGGGCUGCGUGCGGGGAACCCAUCAGAGCCCUGGCAGCAGCAGCAGCAGCAGCAGCAGCAGCGGGGCGGUGGGUGCCGAGGGCUGGUGCUGCUCCGCAGAGACAGGAGCCAGGACGCAAGGGCUGGAGCCACCAUAGCAUCGCUCCCUGCCACCACACACUCCCCCAGAGGAGCUUUUAAUUCUCCCCUGGGCCUCUCUUAAGACUGCUAUUAUAUCUCUAUUAAAACUCUAUCAGAUUUCUAUUACAAUCAAGGCGAGUUAACGUGUUAGCCCGGUGUCCAGACGGCAGAGCCACGUGGGCAGCAGCAGGCAGGGGUUCAUCUCAGCCUGAUCCUGCCCUGAAAAACCCAAUCUGAGCCCGGCCCCGGGGGUGACGGAGCCAGGAGGAGCUGGCUGGCAGCAGGCAGGGAGGCAGCAACCUCCAUCACCCACACUCCUCACCCAGGGAGUGAUGCAAAAGAUGGAUCUGGGGCUCCCGCAUCCCUCCCCAAAGCAGCAUCCGUUCACCAGGAGCCCAAGAGGGUUUGCACGGGUAAUAAUGAGGUGUCCUUGGCAAUAAGGCAGCCCCACGGUGGGUCUGAGCCCCCCCAGCCCUCCCACCUGCCCCGAACACCUCGGCUCACACACUGCUUUCCUCUGUAAAACCACGGCUUUGCUCAAAGCUUUUCCA